CACGAGCCAGGCCGGAGUCGCCCCGAACACCUCCAGAGGAUCGUGUCGCAAGAUCUCAUUGGUUCACAGUUGUAGGCUUCCCCCGUGGCGCGACGCGGCGGACAGCCGGAUCAUGGCCUCGGGGGCGCUGCUGAGGGCGCUGGAGUGCUCCGCCUGCCCGGAGUACGUCUCGCCGCCCAUCACCGCAUGCGAGGGCGGGCACAGCGUGUGCUCGGGCUGCAGACCGCGCCUGCACCGCUGCCCCGCCUGCCGCCGGGGGCUCACCGCCGCCAGGAACCCGGCCCUGGAGGAGCUGGCGCGCACCGCGGUCUACCCCUGCCGCGAGGGCUGCGGCGAGGCUCGCGGCUCGCCCGACGACAUGGCGCGCCACCACGCCCGCUGCGCCCUCAGGCGGCUGCCCUGCCCGCUGAGCUGCCCCUGGGAGGGUCCCCGGUCCGGCCUCAGGGCGCACGUGCUCGCCGCGCACCCGGGUAACACCCUCGACCUGGACGACGACCCCGGCGCGCCCUUCGUCGCCUGGGACCUGCCCGGCGCCGUCUCCUACCGCGACUCCUCGCAGGUGGUGUUCUGCCUGGGAGAGGUGUUCCUGCUGGACCGCCGCUUCGACGAUGCGCGCAAGAAGUGGCUGGUGGCGCUGAGGCUGGUGGGAGCCGCCUGCGACGCCGGCGGGUUCCGCUACAAGCUGAAGAUGUCGUGCGCCGGCGGGCGCCGGGCCAGCUUCACCGACGCGCCGCGUCCCGCGCGCGAGGACCUGCGCGAGGUGCUGGAGUCGGCCCGCUGCGUCGCCGUCGACUUCGACCUGCUGCUGCACUUCGUCAAGGGCGUGCGCUCCAUCAAGAUCUGGCGCGUGGGCGGCUCCGUCACCGAGCUGUGACCCGCCGCCAUUCGCUACCGGCCUGGCCAAUCACGCUCGACCUGCUGCUGCACUUCGUCAAGGGCGUGCGCUCCAUCAAGAUCUGGCGCGUGGGCGGCUCCGUCACCGAGCUGUGACCCGCCGCCAUUCGCUACCGGCCUGGCCAAUCACGCUCGACCUGCUGCUGCACUUCGUCAAGGGCGCGCUCCGUCAAGAUCUGGCGCGUGGGCGGCUCCGUCACCGAGCUGUGACCCGCCGCCAUUCGCUACCGGCCCGGCCAAUCACGCUCGACCUGCUGCUGCACUUCGUCAAGGGCGUGCGCUCCAUCAAGAUCUGGCGCGUGGGCGGCUCCGUCACCGAGCUGUGACCCGCCGCCAUUCGCUACCGGCCUGGCCAAUCACGCUCGACCUGCUGCUGCACUUCGUCAAGGGCGCGCUCCGUCAAGAUCUGGCGCGUGGGCGGCUCCGUCACCGAGCUGUGACCCGCCGCCAUUCGCUACCGGCCCGGCCAAUCACGCUCGACCUGCUGCUGCACUUCGUCAAGGGCGCGCUCCGUCAAGAUCUGGCGCGUGGGCGGCUCCGUCACCGAGCUGUGACCCGCCGCCAUUCGCUACCGGCCCGGCCAAUCACGCUCGACCUGCUGCUGCACUUCGUCAAGGGCGCGCUCCGUCAAGAUCUGGCGCGUGGGCGGCUCCGUCACCGAGCUGUGACCCGCCGCCAUUCGCUACCGGCCCGGCCAAUCACGCUCGACCUGACUGCGCCGUCGCGUCGGUGCGAUCUUUCAGUUCGGGAAGUCUAAGAUGUACAUCAAGUAACACGAACACGCCCGGAUAUUCACCUUCGGCCAACCUCGGGUUUAUUUAUAUAUACUUAUUUUUCUCUGUUUAUUUAAAUGUAGCUAUACUAACCUAACUAACCGUCAAUAGUGUUUUAAAGUGUUUUAAUGUAGCUAACCUAACCGAUCACUUUUAAUAUUUGAAUUCAUUUUUUUUCUGCGCAAAAAUAAAACAAAUCCCAAGGUUGGCCGAAGGUGAAUAUUCGGGCGUGUUCGGGCAGGGACAGAACUUGAUGUGCAUCUUAGGCUUCUCUUUCAGUUCAGUCUCGUUAAUUGCGGCGUCGCUGCAGUGUCCGCCAGAAUUGUUGUCUCUCGAAUGAGGGUUUACCCUUUUUUUUUUUACUUAAUAUAUCUAUGAAAUCUUUUGAAUUAGUUUUAUGAUAGUUACGAAUGAACAUUGCAUUUGUAUUGAACAUAUUUCUCUCAAACAUGACGUUCAAAACAAUUUUUUUUUGUUUUUAACAUAGAUUACAAAUUACAAGUUCGUAAUGACACUAUAUAAUUACUGCCACAUUGUGUCCUUUAAGUGUACUGUUGUGAUUCCAGUUAUGUAUACAAUCACACUGUUCCCUGUACGUUUGAGUUUAUUUACAGCAUUUUUUUUAUAUAUAUAUUGCAUAGCAAAACUGCUACUUUGCGUACAUCGAGUAACGUUAACGAACUCUAGUGUGGCUGUCAAAGAGCAGCACCAUUUGAAAACAAACAAACCUGGCAUUAUACACACGUUGGCUGGUUGUUUUAUGACGGAUUCGCCAGACAAUAGCAAGCCAAUGUCGUCCUUGUGCGCAGGCCGCAGAAGACGAGAGUAUAGUCCGUGUGUGUGUGUAUGUAAAUGUGUAUGUAUGCAUGUAUGUAUGUAUGCAUUUAUGUAUGUAUGUAUGUUGGCGCGUGCUCGACUUCACAGCAAUCUGCAGUGAUAAAAAUGCAGUCUCCGUCGUGUAAAAUGUCUCCGAUCUGACAGUUCUCUAACUAGUACCGGAGGCACCCGUAGCACCGUGGCCGCACUAUUCACAGGACCCCACGCAGGUUUUUUUCUUUCCAUUAUUUGUGUUGUUAUCAGCAUGUGAUUUAAAAUUGCUGGCCAGUGCCCUCCGGUUGAAAAUUAUGCUUUAAAGUUUUUUGCAUUAGAAAAAAAAUUCAAAUAUUUUAUUGCCUCAUGUAAUGACGUGAUUUCACAUAAAUUCGAUCGUGGACAUUUAUGAAACUAACAGACGUUUAAUUUAUCGUGAAAGAUAAUCAAAAUUUCUUAGUAAUAACCAGCAAAACCAUUGUCAAAAGUUACAGGUUUGUGUAUUUACUUUCUAAAACUUCUUAUUUAGUCUUUGUGUGUAGUACCUAUACGACAAAACUCAAUUCCUUUCUUGUUGGCCCAAACAUAGUUAUAAUGUGUAUCAAAAUGACGUAUAAAAUAACUCUUCGUUUGAAAAGCUAUGUGAUAAGUUACAUAAUCGUGUCGAAAUAGCAGUAUCUUGUUUACAAUUAAUGUAAAAAUUAUUAAAACCGGGCUCGUCCGGGAUUUGAACCCGGGACCUCUCGCACCCGAAGCGAGAAUCAUACCCCUAGACCAACGAGCCAUGCCGUUGAAGUGCGAGUUGGAGGCGUGAGACUGUGUCAAGGUCGUUGUAGUGUUCUGGCGGUUGCCUGAUUUCAGGCGCUUCGUAACCUCAGCCAGCGGUAAGGACCGUUGUACAAUAACACGGUACACAGAGAAAAAUAUUUGUUUGAAUCGAACAAAUGUUUGUUUAUAUAUGGCGAAACAAACAUUUACUUGCCGUAACAAAAUAUGUUGUUGCCCUAACCAAAUUUGUUGAGGUACAAAAUUUAUUUGUCACACUUAACCAAAUAUAUAGUUGAUUUGAAAAAAAUAAUAAUUUGUUGGGUCAACAAAAUCUUUCCUACUACAACAUAUUUGUUUUAAUCAAAAAUAUAUAAUUAUUUCGCUAUAUAUAAACAAAUAUUUUUGUUGAGGUAAACAAACCUUUCUCUCAGUGUAAGGAAUACGUAUCACGUAAACGGAGCUGGAUCUCACGGAACAGAGUUGCUACAACAGCACGCAGACGGAGACGGACCCGUAUGGAUUAACUCGGCAAUGCUGAGCUCUUCCGUUUGCGUUGCUCCGUGCGACCAAUAGUAGCCGAGUGUUUGGCUGCGGUGGUAGCCAUGUUUGUUUAUGUUAUAAAUACUUUAAGUUUCAAGUACAAGAAUAUCUAGUGUUCUAUUUUUGACUUUGUGGUUUAUUUUUAUUUUAUGUGUAAAUUCUGCCUGUGCUAUGAUUUUAAAGCAUAAUAUAUUUUUUUAAUUAAUUACUAUUUCGUAACUUUGGAUAACGUUGGUACUACUUCUGAGGACUGUCAAAUUUUGGACUAGUUACAUGGCACGAACUAUAUCAGGUCUUUGUUUAAUUUACCUGAAACACUGGUCUACUUUCGGACUUUUCAACUAACUUCAUUUCCAUGAAAUUAAGAAAAAGGAUUGCCUAAACGUUUGGGUUAACUAGUUGAUGAAGCCCCUGUUUUUUAUUUACAUAUAUUUUAGGAACAUGCUUACAAAUAAAACUAAAUCAAUAAAUGAGUAGCAUUCUUCUACUUUUAAGGCAAUAUCUAAUAAAAUAAUUUAUAUCAACUUAUUGUACACUUAACUGUAAAGAAUUGUCUUUCAUUUGUCAUAUAUUACGAACCAUUAUAAUUACUGAUUUUUUGGAUUUUCUGAAUUUUUUUUUUGUGGCAGCUUAACAAUUUGUGAUUGUACACCUCAAGAGCAUGUGAUGGAAUAUUCGUUACGUUCAUACUUUAAAGAACUUUUCACAUUUUAAUUAUACCAUGUAUUAUCUUUGGAACAAACAGAUUAUUGCUACAUUUUUCUCGUAAAUAUGUGUCAGAAUCAAAAUUAUAAUGUUUGUGCAUCCAAAAGAACCUGAAAUGUGAAUAACUGUAUAAUGAAUGAACCUCAAUUGACUACUUAAACUAGGCCAUAUUAAAUAAAAUAUAAAAAUAAUUUUGCUUGUGUGUAUUGAAUUAAUGAUUCUAUUUCUGUAUCUGUUAAUACACUGAGACAUUUAAAAAGUUUCUAAUAUACUUGAAUUUAGAUUUUGUAUAUGUACCUAUUGGAUUUUUAUAACACUUGUUGCGCUCAGCGUGUGAUAAAAAAAAAUAAAACACAUAACUCUCUCUUCA